UCACUGAUGGAAAUGUCACGAAAUAAUACAUGUUCUUUGCUUUUAACGUGUUCGACGACUUCAUAAGCUAAUUAAGAGUGCAUGUUAAUUAUAUAUGAAUGUAUGUAUUUGACAGAAAAAUGUAAAUCUAAUCGACGAUAGCUGUUGUUAUGGGCGACUCACUGAAUAUGUAUGAAUGAAAUUGCGUCUGGCUUCAUGCGUGUUUUAAUGAUGUAAACAUGGACAGGCCGGACACUACUUUCACUCUGGCGUAUAUAGUAUUCACACUGUGUUUUAUUUUUACGCCAAAUGAAUUUCGUUCGGCUGGUUUUACGGUUCAGCAUCUGUUUUCAGAAUUGCUGGGCAGUGAAGACAUCUGCUUUAUUCAGCACCACAUCAGGAGAACCACACUGACUCUACUCGCCCACUGCUUCUUACCGCUGGGUUACUACAUCGGAAUGUGUUUUGCCUCUCCAGAACAGAAUCUCAUGUACGUCCAUCAUGCAAGUAAAGGAUGGCAAAUCUACUUGGGUGUUACACUGGCCAUCCAGCUUCUAAGCUGUGCUCUUGCUUUCUAUUGGUCCAGACGUGGAUGGGCGAAUCAUCCGAUAUGUAAAGCACUGAGUGUGCAUGCAUUACCCCACUCCAGCUGGAGGGCCGUCGCGUCGUCCAUCAACACAGAGUUUCGCCGUAUUGACAAAUUCACUUCAGGUUCUUUGAGCGCAAGAGUGAUAGUCACUGAUACUUGGGUGAUGAAGGUCACAACAUACUACUUGCAUGUUGCAUUGCAUCAGAACUGUCAUUUGACUGUCACAGACUCCAAGCAUCACAACCUAUCACCUGAAUUAAACACACCGGUACAGAUUGUCACCAUCACCGUUGCCAGCAUCAACCCAAGAGUCAAGUCUUUUGACAUAAGAUUGAAAUCUACAGAGUACGUUGAGCUACAAGAGAAGCUGCAUGCACCAAUCAGAAAUGCUGCCAAUGUUGUCAUCCAUUUGACAAUGAGUGAGCUGUUUUUGGAGACCUUUAUGUCUUAUGUGAAGAUGAAUGAAGUUUACAAGUGCCCAAGUGGACAGGAACUGGAAGCAUGUAUUGGAUGUAUGCAGGUGAAUGCCAAUGUGAAGCUUGUGCGUGUGUGUCAGGAGGAAGGUGAAGGUGACUGCCAGCACUGUUACUGCAGACCCAUGUGGUGUCUCACCUGUAUGGGCAAAUGGUUCGCCAGCCGUCAGGACCAGCAGCAGCCGGAGACAUGGCUGAGCAGCAGGGUCCCCUGUCCCACCUGCAGGGCCAAGUUCUGCAUUCUUGAUGUCUGUCCCAUUCAUUGAUUGAAUAUUACAUCUUCAAGCUUUUUAUAUCUUUAUGCCUUUGAAACACUCACAGAUCACUUCAAGGGGACAUUUUUGUAUCAGAUGUGUGUUGUGGUUAGAUAUGUGUUGGUAAGUUAAAUCCACCCAUCCCAUUUAAUAAGGAUGCAGUAAAACCUCACCUCCAUACCGCUUCAAAAAUAUUUGUGCCUCCCAAGCUAAACACAUAUCUGAUUAUAAUGGGGGUGUAAUAAUAAUGAAAAAACAAAGGUUAUACUGCACCCCCUAACAUAUAAAGAAAGAAACAAGAAAUUAUAUUUUGCUUAAAGAAAAUAAAGACAUUUUCAUAAAGUUGUUUAAAGAAAAUAAGAAUUUGCAUUGCAACAAUAUUUUCAUGCUAGCUAAGCCCCCCCUUUGCCUUAAUGCAAAUAUAUCCCAUUCAUUACUGUAGUGCCAGAAAAAGUGUUACUUUGCAAAGUAUUUAUACAUAAUUAUUUAGUAUGUCUUGCACUAAUUUUCAGUUAUACUGGAAAAAAGGCAUACAUUUUACUGUGAUCAAGUAAGAAUUACUGUCGUACAGCUAUGAGAAUCGCUAUUUACAAUAAUGACAAUUGCCAAAUAAAACAAUAAAAAAAAACAUUGAGAAUUUAGAUGCAUUACAGUAAUAACACACUGGGGAGCAAAUGUGCUGAAUUUUCAUGAAAAUACAUUGAAUUAAAUCAGUUUACACCGUAUCAAAAGUUGAAAUAUCAAGUUAAUCAGCGUUUGGCUUCGAUUCUAUCACGCUGGGUUUAUCUGCUUUAGUUUGCUGUAAUGUUGCUUCAUUUUCAUUUUAUUUUUGAAGGUUCAAUUGAUUACAGAUGCUGUCAGACAUUUACUUUAAAUGCAAACUCUGAUUUGAAUUGAAACCUUUUGCUUAAUUUUUAUAAUAUUGCUGCUGCAGAAAUGUGAUGCACAUCAACUGAUAGUUAGAAUUGAGUUGUGUUUCAGGCAUAAUGCUUAUAAAUAUUGUUGAGAAUAAAUAUAAGUUUGAGAAAAAGCCAUCUCUGAUCUUUGUGAAAGAAUCUCUUCCUCAUAAUAAAGAUUUAUUUUAGUGAGUUGCUGAUCAUUGUUUAGGUGCAUUAUGAGGAUUUUGGACAUUGGGAUUGUAUUAUUUGUAUUAUUUUGUAGUUGAUUUUACAUUGUAUGUUUUUGACACUCAAAACCAACCAAAAGCUUGAGCUACUUUUGACAUAAAUAUCACUUCACAAUGUACAAGCAAAUAACUCCGC